AUGAGAAUGAAUUAUAUUAGAAAGUUUGCUAAAUUAAUAAAUGAUUGGGUAAUCACUCUUGCAAACAUCAAAAUCAUUGAAUCACUCAAUUAUUAUUUGUUAAAGAAUAAAAAUCAAAUUGAUCAAGCUGCAUCUUAUGGUGCUUAUCAUCAUAAUAAUGUAAAUAAAUUCAUUCAUAUUGUAUUUGUACCAGCUAUCCUUUAUACUGCAUUUGUAAUGUUGUCGUUUGUCAAUGUACCACAGGCAGUUCCUUACUUACAGCAAUUGAACCAAAUCACAACAUUCCUCCCAGUUUCAAUCACCACUCCAAUUGCACUGUUAAUCUCACUCUACUACUGUGUCCUUGAUAUCAGAGUUGGUGUUGUAGGAUUGGCAUGGAUUAUGGCAGCAAACUAUUUGGCAGAGUAUACAAUUUUGCAUAUGAGCAAUGCUUUUAUGUUUGCUUUGGGUGUUCACAUUGUUUCGUGGGUAUUGCAAUUCGUAGGACACGGUGUGUUUGAAGGUCGUCGUCCAGCAUUGGUCGACAACAUCUUCCAAGUGUUCAUCGCUCCAUUCUUUGUCACCUUGGAGUGCAUCUUUUUGUUGGGUCUCAUGGGUAAAACUCAAGUCGCCGUUGAGAAACGUAUCAUUUCCAACAUUGCAUCAAUGUCAAAGAAGACCAAAUAA